GGGGCUUGCGGGACAGUUCGAACACCCCACAAUUCUUCGACAUCAUCGAUGCCAGGCCAGGGCCAACCGGGAAGCCCAACAAAUCUAUGUUCGCGGUCCGGCGGUGUUGGCCCACAGCCGAAGCAUUCAACUUUGCUAUUAUAUCCCAAGUGAUCCCCUGCCAUCUCUACCGUACAUAGCUCUCCAAGUAAACAUCUGUGGACGUCGGUUCUUGCAUCCCCGCUUUGCUUCGUCCCCGCCUUACAUGGUCUCCCUGAUCUAGGUUGGUUAUAUACGACCUAUAAGCCAUGCCGGGCCUGGCGCGCAAGGUCAUCAUCUGUGCCGCCGUCGACGGGCUGGUGCUGCACCCGCUCAACUCGCGAAAAGACCAGCAGGGACGCGCAUCGCCUCUGGCCCCGAUCAAGAUUAAGUACGGUGACGCCUCGAUAUCCACCGUCCCGCGCGACGCCAGUCUCUCAUUAUCACAGUCACCCGACAAUGCAUCGUUCGAGGCGUUCGGUAUCGUCGGCCUCAUAACCGUCUUCCGCCACAGCUACCUCAUCUCCAUCACCCGGCGUCAGCAGGUCGCCCAGAUCCGCGGACUGCCCGUCUAUGUCGUCACCGAGGUCGCCCUGACGCCGUGCACGUCGCAGCACGAGGCGGCCGAGGCGGUGGCCAAGACUGCCGCGGCGCUAAACAAUCGGGCUGAACAGGAGAAGGAGAAGGAGAAGGAGCAGGAUGACGAUGGGGAUGGUGGUGGUGGUGGUACUGGCGGGGAGUCCACCGCUGCGAGUGGGGACGAGACCGGGCCCGAGACUGCUGCCCCCGGGGAGGAGGAGGAUGAUGAUGGCGGAGAGGUGGCGAGUGAGACGGAAGGGCCGGCGCAGCGGCCGACUGCCGGGGACAGGCGGAGUAGCGUCGCGCAGGAUGUGAUCGAGAGGCGAGGCAGCUAUGGGCGGUUCGCCCAGCGGUGGUUCAGUCGAUCUGGCUGGCGGGUCGACCAGAAGAGGAUGAUGGGGUUGAGCGCGGAUGACGGGCCUGCGGGUGGGGAGAGCAAGGGCAAGGAGAAGGGGAAGGAGAAAGAAGGGGCCGUGCCGACCACGUUCAGCAUCCCGAACGCCGCGGACGGCAGCGAGGCCGCCAUCAGUCUGCUGCCGAAGCUGCUGCGGACGACGCAGAUCCUGUUUGGGUCGAGCAAGACGUUUUAUUUUUCCUACGACCAUGACAUUACGCGCAGUAUGGCAAAUCCCAAGGUUCCGGAGACGCCGCUGGUUCCGCUGCAUCAGCAUGUUGAGCCGACAUAUUUCUGGAACAAGCAUAUCAUGCAGCCCUUCAUCGACGCUGGAGUAGACAGCCUCGCUCUGCCCCUGAUGCAGGGCUUCGUGGGGCAGAGAACGUUUGUCGUGGAUAGUCACCCUCCGCAGAUCGACGAGGCCGCUCACAAGGACUCGGUCGAGCUUAGUGAUCUCGGAUCGUCGCGGGCAAUGUCGCCAUCGCCACCGGAGAAGGCCACUGCCGAUAUGAGGCCGACAGAAAAGAAGUUCGACAUCACCGUCAUCUCACGACGGUCGAUCAAGCGCGCCGGCCUGCGCUACCUCCGGCGCGGGAUCGAUGAGGACGGCAACGUCGCCAACUCGGUCGAGUCGGAACAGAUCCUCUCACCCGCAGAAGCCGCCUGGGAUCCGAACGCCAGGGUGUAUUCGUUCGUGCAGAUACGGGGCAGCUUCCCGCUCUACUUCACGCAGUCGCCCUACUCACUGAAGCCGGUGCCCGUGAUGCAGCAUUCGCCUGACGCAAACUUCGCGGCGCUGAGAAAGCAUUUCGACGGCUUGCGCAGGCGGUAUGGCUCGGUUCAGGUCGUCAAUCUGGUGGAGAAGCAUGGUGUCGAAGCGCCGAUCGCCGAGUUAUACGAGCAGAGCAUCAAGAGGCUCAAUGAGGAGGAAUCGCGCGCUGAUGCGGACAAGGUCGGCUUUGAAUGGUUCGACUUCCACGCCGUCUGUCGUGGGAUGAAGUUUGAGAACGUCUCGUUUCUCCUGCAGAUUCUGGGGAGCAAACUGGAGGAAUUCGGGAGCUCCGUGUCUGUUGAUAACCGUCUCGUGAACCAGCAGAAGGGCGUGCUCCGGACAAACUGCAUGGAUUGUCUGGACAGGACGAAUGUCUGCCAGAGUUCCUUCGCAAAGCAUAUGCUGGACGUGCAGCUCAAGGAACAGGGCUUCGAUAUGAGCGUGCAGCUGGACCAGGAGAACGCAUGGUUCAACACGCUGUGGGCUGAUAACGGCGACGCCAUCUCUAAACAGUAUGCCUCCACCGGCGCCAUGAAGGGCGACUACACGCGGACGAGGAAGAGGAAUUACCGCGGCGCCCUGACUGACGCCGGCCUGUCGUUGACGAGGUUGUUCAAUGGCAUGUUCAACGACUUCUUCCUCCAAGCCAGCAUUGACUUCCUACUCGGCAACGUCACCUCCCUCGUAUUCGAGGAGUUUGAGGCGACCAUGAUGACCAAGGACCCGGCCGUGUCGAUGCAAAACAUGCGCCAGCAGGCCAUCGACCUCUGCCAGAAGCGGGUGGUUGCCGACGAAGCUGAAGAGCUUAUCGGCGGCUGGACGAUGCUGACGCCGGCGGUACCAGAUACCGUACGGAGUGCUUCCCUCGAGGAGGCGGUGCUCCUCCUGACUGACGUGGCUCUGUACUUGUGCCGGUUCGACUGGAAUCUGGACAAAGUCUCGUCCUUCGAGCGGGUCGAUCUGGCCCACGUGCAGAAGAUAAAGUUCGGGACGUACAUCACAUCGACCACCUCCCAUGCGCAAAGGGACGAGAUGCGCAAUAUCGGCUUGAUCAUAGAGUACCAACCCGGGCUCACCGACGUCACGCGCGUCAACACGCGGUCGCUGUCCUCCAAGUCCGACACACCCAAGGCCCAUGGAUCGGACGAGGCUGCCAAGCAGGACGCAGAGCCCGCGCCGGCAGCAAGUUCCGGGAUCGCGGGGUUCUUGUCUCGCCGCCCGCAAGCCACCCCGCCGCGCAAGAUUGCGCUCAAGGCGCUGCACAGCCAGACGUCGGCGGCUGAUCCGAUAGCUAAGAGCAAGGAGGACGAGCCGGGCGCCAUCACACGGCUGACCGAGGUCCAACAGGUGGUGCUGAUCGCAACCGAGAUUGAGAGAAUGGCGAUCCACAACCAGCCUCGACAAGCCGGCAGGAAGCCGGAUGAGCCUAAGCUGAUCGAGAAGGGCGAUAUCAUUUCCUUGGCGGAGGCGAAGAAGAACACGACGCUGUUAGAACAGCUGGGGCAUUCGAUCAAGAAGUUGGUUUGGGCAUAGCCGUGUUGUUGCUGUAGAUAUCUUCGAACGUGGUGGUUGUUAGAAUAGAGU